GGUCAUUUUAUAAACUACCUUUUAGGCAGACUGGAGAGCAGUUCAGUUUAUCUGCCAUUGUCACACACAUGAAUCUAAGUGCAGAGAGCCACACUAUCCCUCUCAGUGAUGGGAACUACAUUCCACUGCUGGGACUCGGCACUUAUGGGGACCCUCGAACGACGCCCAAAGGCACAGCACUUGAGUGUGUCAAGCUGGCCAUAGAUGUGGGUUACAGGCACUUUGAUGGGGCGUUGGUGUAUUUCAAUGAGCACGAAGUGGGUCAAGCCAUUAGAGAGAAGAUUGCUGAUGGAACUGUGAGAAGAGAGGACAUCUUUUACUGUGGAAAGCUGUGGAAUACCUUCCAUCCACCAGAGUUGGUGAGACCAGCCUUGGAGAGGACACUAAAAGCCUUGAAACUAGACUAUGUGGAUCUCUACAUUGUUGAGCUUCCUAUGGCCUUCAAGCCUGGAAAUGAGUUCUAUCCAAAAGACCAGGAUGGGAAAUACAUCUACCACCACACUGACCUCUGUGCAACAUGGGAGGCUUUAGAGGCUUGCAAAGACGCAGGCCUGGUCAAAUCUCUGGGAGUCUCCAAUUUCAACCGCAGACAGCUGGAACUGCUGCUCAAUAAACCGGGCCUCAAACACAAACCCGUUUCCAACCAGGUUGAAUGUCAUCCAUAUUUCACGCAACCCAAGCUUCUGGAUUAUUGUCGUCAGCAUGGCAUUGUGAUCGUUGGAUACUGCCCAAUUGGCUCCUCCAGAGAUGCAUCCUGGGUGAAUUUGAAAUGUCCCCCCCUGCUGGAGGAUGAGCUCCUUGUAUCCAUUGGGAAAAAGUACAACAAGAGCAGCGCCCAGGUGGCGCUGCGCUUCAAUGUCCAGAGAGGAGUCGUAGUGAUCCCCAAGAGCUUCAGCCCGGAGAGGAUUAAACACAACUUCCACAUAUUUGAUUUUUCACUCACUGAAGAAGAAAUGAAAGCCAUUGAAGCACUGAACAAAAACAUUCGUUUUGUGGAGCUACUGAUGUGGAGCGACCAUCCAGAGUAUCCAUUUCAUGAUGAAUAUUAAUUGUUUUCAUUUUUUUGUGAUACAAAUAAAAUCCCUUUUCACACAAAACACGUACUGACUCUUUUCAGCAUCUUUAUUUUACCAAGAAUGGUUGCACUGGUGCAUUUUCA